UCUGCAGCAUUCCUCCGGGAAUGGCUCCCCCUCUUCCCCCCACAGUCAUCCCCUCCCUCUCCCUCCCCUGCAUGACCGCUCUCUCCCUCAACGCCAAGCAGACUCUGUCUGGGAGAGCCGAAGACUCACAAACAGGCCCAGAGAAAUGUGGCUCCUGUGGCUGCUGGUGUCAGUCCUGCUCUGCAGGGCAGAAGGCUCCAACUAUAUCCCACAGAAGCUCUUUGGGGAAGUGACCUCCCCCCUGUACCCCAAGCCCUACCCCAGUAACUUUCAGACAACCUCCGUGAUCACAGUCCCCUCAGGGUACCGGGUGAAGCUUGUCUUCCGACACUUUGACUUGGAGCCUUCAGAAGACUGCUUCUAUGACUAUGUCAAGAUCUCAGCUGAUAAGAAAACUCUGGGGAGAUUCUGUGGGCAGCUGGGGUCUCCCUUAGGCAACCCCCCAGGAAAUAAGGAGUUUCUGUCCCAAGGGAACAAGAUGCUGCUGACCUUCCACACAGACUUCUCCAAUGAGGAGAAUGGCACCAUCAUGUUCUACAAAGGCUUCCUGGCUUACUACCAAGCUGUGGACCUCGAUGAAUGUGCUUCUCAGCGCAACUCAGUGGAAGAGACCCUCCAGCCCCCCUGCCAGCACUUCUGUCACAACUACAUUGGUGGCUACUUCUGCUCCUGCCGCCCAGGAUAUGAGCUCCAAAAGGAUGGCCAUUCAUGUCGAGUGGAGUGCAGCAGCGAACUGUUUACAGAGCCUUCAGGCUACAUCUCCAGCCUGGAGUACCCCAAGCCUUACCCUCCCGAACUGCGCUGCAACUACAGCAUCCGGGUGGAGCGAGGCCUCAAUAUCCACCUCAAGUUCUUGGAGCCUUUUGAGAUUGAUGACCAUCAGCAAGUCCACUGCCCCUAUGACCAGCUCCAGAUCUAUGCCAAUGGGAAGAAUAUUGGGGAAUUCUGUGGAAAGCAAAAGCCGUCUGCAAUUGACACCAGUAGCAAUGCCGUGGACCUCCUGUUCUUCACAGAUGACUCUGGGGACAGCCGGGGCUGGAAGCUGCGAUAUACCACUGAAAUCAUCAAAUGCCCUCAGCCCAAGACUCUAGACAAGUUCACCAUCAUUGAGAACCUGCAGCCCCAGUAUGAGUUCCGAGAUUACUUCAUUGCCAGGUGCACACAGGGCUACCAACUCGUGGAGGGAAAGCAGGUGCUGCUGUCCUUCACAGCUGUCUGCCAGCAUGAUGGCACAUGGCACCGAGCCAUGCCCAGGUGCCAGAUCAAAGACUGUGGCCAACCCCAGAAGCUGACAAAUGGCGCCUUUAGUUACACCUCAGCCAAGGGGGUGAACACCUACCAGGCACGGAUCCAGUACUACUGCCAUGAGCCCUAUUAUAAGAUGCUGACCAAAGAGGGCAGCAGCGAGGCAGAGCGAGGGCUGUACACCUGCACUGCCCAAGGCCUCUGGAAAAAUGAGAAGACUGGAGAGAAGCUUCCUCGAUGUUUGCCUGUGUGCGGUAAGCCGGUCCACCCGGUGGAGCAGAAGCAGCGCAUCAUUGGUGGCAAGAAGGCCGAGCUGGGCAACUUCCCCUGGCAGGCGUUCACCAACAUCCACGGCCGGGGUGGGGGGGCCUUGCUGGGUGACCGCUGGAUCCUCACAGCCGCCCACACCCUCUACCCCAAAGACGGCCAGAGUCAUGACAACACCUCUGUGCAUGUGUUCCUGGGCCACAUCACAGUGGAGGACCUGGAGAAGCUGUCCCACCACCCUGUGCGCAGGGUCAUCAUCCACCCAGAUUACGUGCAGAAGGAGGCAGACAACUUCGAGGGCGACAUUGCCCUGCUGGAGCUGGAGCGACCUGUCACCCUGGGUCCCUACCUGCUCCCCAUUUGCCUCCCCGACAACCAGACUCUAUACGACGAGGGCCUUAUGGGCUACGUCAGUGGCUUUGGCAUCAUGAAGAGCAGGCUCUCCCCAGACCUCAAGUUUGUCCACCUGCCCGUUGCCAGGCGCCAGACAUGUGAGAGAUGGCUCCGGCAAAAGCAGAGAACAGAUAUUUUUUCCAAGAACAUGUUCUGUGCCGGGGACCCGACCAUGAAGCAGGACGCCUGUCAGGGGGAUAGCGGAGGGGUCUUUGCCGUGAACGAUGAGGACAAUGACCGCUGGGUGGCCACGGGCAUCGUGUCCUGGGGCAUCGGGUGUGGCAACGGGUAUGGCUUCUACACAAAACUCCUCAACUACGUGGACUGGAUCAAGAAGGAGAUGGAGGAGGAGAACUAAACCCAGAGUUCAAGGGCUCAGAAUCCAGAAGGCAGCAUGCCAGAAAGUAAAUAAAUACACCUACCUGGCUAGUUGCUUACAACCACUAGGAAUCCAUAUUAAAAAUCACUCAUGCAGAAAGACACUGUGUGAAAUCAGUCCUUCUCUAUAAUCUCACCCCGGGGUUGGUCGGUGGAGCACCCAAGAGAACACACAUAUGACAAUACCCAAGGACCUGGAUUCAAGCCCCUAGUCCCCACAUGCAGGCGGGAUGCUUCUCAAGUUGUGGAACAAUGCUGUGGGUAUCUCUCUUUUUCUCGCCCUUUCUCCCUUUUCCUCUCAAUGUAUGUCUAUCUCUAUAAAAAAUAAUAAAAUAAUCCCACCCUACAUUCUUCACCUGAAACAACCCAAAGAGCACCUCCCCACUGUUAAUAACAGUAAUAGUAGUAAUAAUAAAUUUAUGUGGAGUG